CACGGGGUGUGUGUGUUAACUGCUCCUAACAAAUAGCUACCCAGUGAAAGGGAAGCACUGAGACUCUCCCAUCAGAUAUUGGAAGGUGAAGUGGAUCAUUUAAGAAGAAUUGUACUUGAAAGACCCUGUCAGGAACAACAUGCGUGUGAACAGGGUUCAGGGCAUCCUACUGCUGGCUGGCUUCAUGACUUACGUGGUGAUGGGUUCCUUCGUCUUCGAGAUUCUGGAGAAUGAUCACCACAAAUUUGUAAAAGAGGAAAUUUUUCGCCUGAAAGGGGAAUUUUUUUCAACCUACCCCAAACUCAGCCCAGAAGACGUGGAGUAUUUCAUACAGAAACUGAUAACAGCUGUUCAGAUGGGAAUAGAUCCAGUAGGAACCCAACCUCAUGACAAACAAGGCAGCUGGAAUUUCGCUAAUUCUUUCUUCUUCGUGGGCACUAUGUUAUGCACAAUAGGCUAUGGAUACCUCUGUCCCCGAACGAAAGAAGGUCAGAUCUUUUGUGUUAUUUUUGCUCUCUUUGGAAUUCCCUUCUACCUCAUCUGCUUGAACUAUAUUGGCUUUUUAGUCUCAGGGAUCUUUGAAUGGUGUGCAGAGCAAGUGUAUGGGAAAAAAAACAAGAAAUCAGCAAGAUACAUUUUCAUCUUCGUGGUUCUGGGACUUCUAAUGUUUCUUAUUUUGCCAUCAUUCUUCUUUCAAUGGAUGGAGGGCUGGGCUUAUUAUGAAGCUGUCUAUUAUACAUUUAUUACACUCAGCACCAUUGGUUUUGGAGACUAUCUAAUAGGGAGGAAGCAUGACAGGACAUAUAUUCCGGGCUACCGGACGAUCGCAUCCUUUUGGAUCGUCAUGGGUCUGGCCUGGAUAACUGUGUUGUUUGAACUGGUAUCAUCAUUACUGGCACCUGUGGAUCCAAAAGCAAGAUCACAAAAAGACAGUAGCGGGCAAAAAUAACACUGCCCCAAAGGCGUCAGUUUGCUACAUUUCCACUGGAGGAGAAUUUAUCUGGUGGAGACGGACAUAAAAAUCAGCUCUACUCAAGAACCUCCCCUGAGCUUUUUAUAAUUAUAUGGCAUUGUGACAUCCAAGUGAUUCCUUAAAAACUGGCUAGCUGGUCUAUAAGUUAAAGUAAUUCCUAAUAAACUGUGAAAUAGCUGGGUUUUCUG